CUCUCCCUCUACAGCAGCGUCAGACACACUUCACUCACGCGCUGUACAGGGGCGCGAGGCGCAACUGGGAGCGCGGAGUCGUCGGACUCUCCGUCACGAAGGGAUUUCUGUCCUCUUUUUUUUUUUUAGUUCAGCAAGGCUCAGUUGCGGUGACCGUAGCGGAACAGCAACACCUGCUCUUCUCUCUAGAUUCCUUCCCUGUUUUAUAUUUUAUGCGCUGGUGCCAAAGGGAGACCGGUGAAGGUAGAAUGGGCGAAACCCUCAGGUUUCCUCCGUAACUCUGGAAAUGGAUCCGACAUCCUUGCAUGGAUACAAAGACUAUGACGUGUACCCGUGGGGGUGGGGGCGUGGGGCCGGUGGCUCUCGCAUGAGGAUGCCACUGCGGCUGCUGCUGUGGGAGCACGCCUCUUCCUUCUCCUCUUCCUCCUCCACCUCCUCUUCUUCCUCGUCCUCUUCCUUCUACACUACCUCGUCCUGCAUCUCCUUGUCAUCCUCCUGCUCGUCCUCGUGGUGGUGGCCCAUGGAGGCAGAGUCCUUUACGUUUGCCUCCUCCUCCUCUUUCUCCUCCUUCUCCUCCUUCUCGUCGUCGCUGCUGCCGCCAGCGAUCCAGAUCCCGCGCGGCCAGUCGCCGCACCCGGCCACCGGCAUGGUGACGCUGGAGCAGAAAACCACCUUCGCCCUGGUGUUCUUCCUCUUCCUGCUGCUGGGCGUGCUCAUCGUGCGCUGCUUCCGCAUCCUGCUGGACCCCUACCGCAGCAUGCCCACCUCCACCUGGGCUGACGGGCUCGACGGCCUUGAGAAGGGACAGUUCGACUACACGCUGGCGUAGGGCGGAGGGUCUGCACGCCGGCAGCCCGGAGUAAGGGGACAGUUUGACCACACACUGGCAUAGAAAGAUGGAUGGCUCAAGACUGGACAGUGUGACUACACAGUAGUGUAGAGAACAGAUGCAUGAGCUGAUGACCUGAGGGAGGGACACAUGCUGUCAGAGAGGGAGGUGGAAGAUUUCGCACACACGCCUACUACACACAAUGUCCAAAGGCUUUUGUGAUGUUUGAAAGUGUUUAACAUGACUGUUAUAGGGUGGGCAAAUGCUCAUUGAGAUUGGUGGCUUACAUACAUUAGAAUGCACACAAGUGUAGAGUUAUACAUACAGUAUAAAUAGAUGUAGACAGAAACAUAGAUAUAAACACACACACUUACGUUAGAGGUAAUGUUGGUAGGAUAUGUGCCUAUGCACUACUGAUAAAGAUACAUAAGGAUGUAAAAGUAAAUGACUACGGAGAUUUAAUAGGUAUAGAAUUGUAUAGAUUGGUUACAGGUACUGUGUUCCUAGCCGACUAUCUAGCUGAGCCGAGACCCAGUGAAGUGGGUUUUAAUGGACAUCGCUAAAAACAUCUUAAUGACGUUUUUCUAAACAAAGUUUAUGAGGAGCCCUCUGGAUGGUUGACAGCCAUCAUGCUUGCCACUUACACUUGUCGGAGAUUUAAACGGUCCUUACCUGCCUUGCAAAGCCUCCUAUCUCCUCCCCAUUCUUCUGCACUCCACGAGUAGCUCUAAACUCACAUUACCCCUUAUCCAUAGUGGGUGUCAGUGGACAUCGCUCACAUGCAAAUUCCACUAUAGGCAUCCCAGAACCAUGGCCAGCUAACCAAGCCAAACAUGCUUAUUCUCAGCAUUCAAUAUUAAGGAUUCCGAUAGGUGAACUAAUGGAAUACCCAUUAUUUAUUGAAAGGUCAAAGAGUGACUAACCACUCUGAGGGAAUGACAUUAUAGAGGCUCCCAUCAUUUGUUUUCUUCCUCCUCCAAAGCCCUGGGGAUUUCUAUUCUCUCCUACUCUGUUUCUAUGAUUCAUACAUGUUUUAAGCUUGGAGAUGUGUGGAUAUGUGCUUGUGAGAGGUAUGCAAUAGUAAGCAAAUGAAUACUGACAUACUCUGCUCCUCCAGAGUAUAGACACACACAGAGAAUGCACGCAGAUCAAUUCAACUACACACUGAUUUAGUCGAAUGACGAAUGGAACAGCAUUCAGAUUGGUUUCAAUGAAGAAAAUGAAUGUGUUUACACACAAGCCCUAAAGAUCACCAUCUGUAAACACACACACACACCUGCUCUCUGACACAGUUGCCUACACUCUGAAACACACAUAGACACACACACACACAAGCCAAAUACCUGCCCACCUUGGACAAAUACUGUAUUUGUGUGCACCACACAUCUUCUGUAUUUAUAGGGUGUGUAUGAGGAACUCUGCUCUGCCACAAGAGACUGCAAAUAGCCUCUGGCCAGCUCAGUAGCCCAUGACUAGAGGUUGCAGUCAUACUGAGUAGUUCUCUUUUAAACACACCUUUUACUUUUUUUCUUUCUCUCUUUCUUACUCUGUCUCUCUCUAUCACUUUCUGCCACUCAACAGACUAUGUGCACAGUACUGCUCACUAAAUGUUCCAGCUCCAGCACUUUGAAAUUCCCACCAAAUGCGCCGAUGCACAUCAAGUGUUUGCAGACUGGCAUUGAUAAACAAGUAGUCCUUAUCUAUGAAAUGGCAGGCUUUAUCUGCAGGCCUCCGAGCAGAAAUUCAUCAAUGAAACUUUCAGUGGUCAUCUCAUCUUCCCUGAUUGGAUGGCUGGCCACUGGCUAAUCAAAAAAUUGCAUCCCCCCACUAUCAUUUAUAGCAGUAAAUACUGUGCAUUCGUUUUGAUUACAGAUCAGACAUUCUGUGGCUGCUCCACUGAGCUGACUGAUUAGCACAACAAUACAAAUAAAUAAAUAAAUAAAUAAAUACGUUCGACACACACACACCAACAAAACAAUUUAAUGUGAGUGGUUGUGAUUAAGUCCGUGGAAUCCUAUUUGUUUGUUUUGAAUGACCUUAAUAUCUUGCGGCUAUACGCUUCUAUUCAUCCUGAGGAAAGAACACACGACUAUAGAAAACAUAUUAAACAGCAUAUACACACACUUACACAGUGCAGAGGGAUGCACACAGUGAGAAAACUACUGCCAGUCUCUUCCAGGUUGAGUAACAAAUGACUUUUAUUAAGGUUUUCAGAGUCCCAUAUGGCUUUCAUUUUCAACACUCUCCACGUACUGUAUCUUCAAUGUUUUGCAAUGGAGUUCGCACAGAGGUCUUGAGAGGCUCGAGAGCCAUUGGAAAAAGCUCUUUCCCAGUCCUUUUUGCACCAGCCCAUUGAUCCCCUGAUGGCCUGGCUCUGCAAAUUGAGUAAUAAAGGAAGGGCCUUGGUUCCUGCUCUGAGCCACUGCACGUGUCUAACUUACUUAUCCAAGUGUUAGUUUUAGAGUCAAACGCAAAUAUCAUGUGAGGUUUAAGCUCCGAUGUGGUCUUUCUCCAUCGUUUUUGGUGAACGCCGUGCUUUUGAGAUGCUUUUGAGAAUUUUAUCAAAAAAUGCUGUCUUUGUAAAUUCAAAAUGGUUCGGCACCUGUUGAUGUGGAAUCCUUAACUUUGUCCUCACAAAGGCCAUUUGGUGUGAUGUUGGUUUCAGUGUCUCCCACUUGAAUGUCAAACUUACUGACCCCACAUCCAGCGAUGGUUUCUUUUUAUUGCACUAUAAUAUUUGUCAUCUGCGUGCCAGUUAUUGCUACGAAUGAGGCCGAUGAUGAAACUGUCCAAAUGUCGCUGACAAGACUGACAUUGAGUCACAACAAGUCAGACAGGUUUGUGAUGUGGAGCAAUGAACUGAACUGGACUGACUGCUCAAACGUGUCAUCAGGUGUUCACUUCCUGUCGGUUGAAGUACUGUUAAAAAAAGACUUCCGAUGACCUGCCACACCUCGGAGACCCCUCUGCACUUCUUCUUCCUUCAGACUCACUGUAGGCUGUAUUCACACACACACACACAUACACGUGCUGCUGUGACUGUUGGCUCCCUGUAAAAGCACUGUUCUCCUGAAGACACUUGCUUCGCUUCUCUUUGAAUAGGCUUGUAUUCAAUGCAAAGCAGUUAAGCAGUGCAGUACUGAACACGUCUCUGCUUAUGUCUCAUCUCAUCUCUGCCUAUGUGUCAUCCAAAAAAAAAACAAGCAAACAAACAAACAGAAAAUAAAUGAGAUGUCUAAGUAUUUCCAACAACUUCCAACUUACAGGGUUCUUUGUGGGCAAAGGGGUAUGUGUGUGCCCUUCCUUGUGAUUGUAGAGAUGUGUAGACCUGCCUACUGUUAACAAUUCUAACUUUUGUCUUCAUUGCACUAGAGAACAAGUUUAAAAAGAUAGAGGUCUAUUUUCAGUCUGUGAAAUAAAAUGCAUAGAUGGUCUAAAGAUCAGUCUGUGUGAUUAUUUAAAAGUGCUGUUGAAAUCUAUGGUGAUUAACACUUCCAGUGACAACAAGCGUUCAGCCACUCUCUCUU